AUGAAGAGUUUUAGCGUAGUAAAUUAUUACAGAAAAUUCCUGAAAAAUGUCCACAUACGCCAAUAUAGCAGCUCGGAAAGCAAUCGAGAGAAAAAUGGCAUCAAUAAAAUCCGAAAUAUAGGCAUCUUAGCUCAUAUUGACGCGGGUAAAACCACUACUACAGAGCGUAUGCUCUUUUAUUCUGGUACAAUUCGUUCUAUGGGAGAAGUGCAUCAUGGAAACACUGUUACUGAUUAUAUGGAACAAGAACGACAGCGAGGAAUCACAAUUACAUCUGCGGCUGUAUCGUUUCCAUGGCGUGGAUACCAAAUAAAUCUUAUAGAUACUCCUGGGCACAUAGACUUCACGAUGGAAGUGGAACAAAGUCUGUCAGUCUUAGAUGGAGCUGUUGUGGUGUUAGAUGGAUCUGCAGGUAUAAACUUAUUUCAAUUGUGU